AGCAGUUGGCUCGCGCGCUCUUGCCUAGUUAUAGCUCCUCGCGGAGCAGCUGAAGCCUCCUCACCUUCUCUCCUCCUCCUCCCACCUCCUCCUCCUCUCCCGCACCUCCGCACUGCGAUACCUCGAGGUGACGGCUCUCCCCCCUCCGGAGCCCCAACACCCGGAGCUCAGCGUCGGUUGGUCGGUUCGGGGCACGGACACGGAGGCGUGUGUUUUUGGCGGAGCCUCCUCAAGCCCGACAAGCAGAUGCUCGAGACCCGGUCCCGGUGCCCCCAGAGCGGACGGGGAGGCCGACGUGCUCCGCAGUAAUGGGACAGUUUUCGGGGGGAUGCUACUUGACUUUCGCCGCCACCCUCGUGCUUCUCGCUCCGCUCGUCCCGGCCACGCUGGCCAGAGGUGCCCGAGGUGAAUCCCUGCAGCAUGGCCAGUCCGGGACGCUGCCCCGCUUCCUGGAGGAGCCCGUUGACGCUUACAUCGUCAAGAGCUACCCCAUCAAGCUCCAGUGUCAAGCUCGGCCCGCUCUCCAAAUCUUCUUCAAGUGCAACGGUGAAUGGGUCCACCAGAGCCAGCACAUGUCUCAGGAGCACACCGACCUGGGCACAGGGCUGAAGAUCCGCGAGGUGAUGAUCAACGUGUCCCGUCAGCAGGUGGAGGACUUCCAUGGCCCGGAGGAUUACUGGUGCCUGUGUGUCGCCUGGAGUCACCUGGGAACCUCCAAGAGCCGCAAGGCAGCCGUCCGCAUCGCCUACCUGAGGAAGAACUUUGAGCAGGACCCCCAAGGCACGGAGGUGCCUCUGAAUGGCAUGAUUGUGUUGCACUGCCGUCCCCCAGAGGGAGUGCCUGUGGCUGAGGUGGAAUGGCUAAAAAACGAAGAGCCUCUAAGCUCUGACGGUGUUAUCGAUACAAGAGGCGACCAUAAUCUCAUCAUUUCAGACGCUCGCCUGUCUGAUUCGGGAAACUACACCUGCGUUGCCAGCAACAUUGUGGCCAAAAGACGCAGUGUCACAGCAACUGUUGUAGUCUAUGUGAACGGAGGGUGGUCAUCAUGGACAGACUGGUCCCCAUGUAAUGUUCGCUGUGGUCGUGGUGUGCAAAAACGUUCCCGCACUUGCACUAACCCAGCUCCGCUCAACGGGGGAGCCUUUUGCGAGGGCAUGUCGGUGCAGAAAAGCACCUGUAACACACUGUGUCCAGUCGAUGGCAGCUGGGGAGAGUGGAGUGAGUGGUCAAUGUGUAGUUCAAGCUGUGAAAGGCAGCGCAGCAGAGAGUGUACGGCCCCGGAGCCCAAACACGGAGGCCGGCUGUGUGACGGGGUAGCGCUGGCGACAGACAACUGCACUGGAGGCCUCUGCACACAGAAUGGGAAGUUGCUACAUGAUGCAAAGCCACAAGGUGUGGAGAACAGCAGUGAUGUGGCCUUGUAUUCGGGCCUGGCAGCGGGCGUGGUGACGGUGGUGCUGCUGAUCGUCGCUGUCACGCUUUAUCGAAGAAGCCAGAGCGAGUACGGUGUGGACGUCAUCGACUCAUCCGCCCUCACCGGGGGCUUUCAGUCCUUCAGCUUUAAGACCUCUCGCCAAGCAAACCCCCUGCUGAUUAAUUCUUCCCUGCAACCUGACCUGACAGUGUCGCGCACCUACACCAGCCCCAUGUGUUUCCAGGACUCCAUUGACAAGGAGCUGAUGGCCGAGCGCUCGCUCCUCGACCCGUUACCAGAUCUCAAGGUCAAAGGGGUGGCAGAGAGGGCAGAGUACCACGUCAUGUCCCACCCUCAGACAUUUCCACGGGGCCUGGCUCCAGACUACAGAGGAGUUGCAGUGGGGACGACGCUGGGCAGGAGGAGCAAAAACCUCUUCACUCCGCAAGUGUCUCUGACUCCCAGCAGGCCUCUCCACAAAGCUACAGCAGUGUUUGGCCACACUGGAGGCCGGCUGGUGGUUCCGAACACAGGCAUCAGUCUGCUGGUGCCUCAUGGGGGGAUCGCAGAAGACACUACCUGGGAAAUGUACAUGUUCAUCAACCAGGAGGACAGCAGUACUCUGUUCGAGGACGGGCCCGAGAUCUUUUUGAGCCCUGCAGUCACGUACGGACCACCAGGCCUCGACCUGUCCUGUCCCAUAGCCAUGACCAUAGCCCAUUGUGGGGAGGUUGCUGCUGAUAAUUGGACCAUUCGGCUGAAGAGACAAAUGCAGGACAACAAGUGGGAGGAAGUGAUGUCCGUGGACGAGGAGAGCACAUCCUGCUACUGUCUGCUGGAGGCCCAGAGGUGCCACGUGUUGUUGGAGCAUCCAGGCCGCUACGCCCUGGUGGGGGAGCCGCUGAACCAGGAGGUGGCCAAGCGGCUGAGGCUGGCUGUGUUUGGCAGUCUGGAUACGAGCAACAGUCUGGGCUUCACCCUCAGGGUUUACUGUGUGGACGACACGCCCCACGCUUUUCAGGAGGUGGUGGUGGGUGAGCGCAGCAGGGGCGGGCGACUGCUGGAGGAGCCGAAAAUGAUGCUGUUCAGGGGGAACUCUUUCAGCCUCCAGGUUUCCAUCCAGGACGUCCCACAGUUACUCUGGAGCAUCAAACCUUUCACCACCUGCCAGGAGUUCUCCUUUUCUCAGGUGUGGGCCAGUAACCAGCGUCCCCUGCAGUGUGCCUUCUCUUUGGAGCGAUACAGCCACUCCACAUCUCAGCUCUCUUGCAAGAUCAGCGUGCGACAGGUCAAAGGCGAGGAGCAGAUACUCCAGGUCUACACGUCUGUGGUGGAGAAUGAGAAGGGAGUGGUUCCCUUCUUCACUCAGUCCGACUGCACCAUCACCUCUCAGACAGGGUCAAGGGCCUUUAAAAUCCCCCCGUCCAUCCGUCAGCGGAUCAGUGCCACCUUUGACACCGCUAAUGCCAAGGGGAAGGACUGGCAGCUCUUGGCUCAAAAGCUCCACAUAGACAGGAACCUGUGCUACUUUGCUUGUCAGGAGAGCCCAUCAUCUGUGAUUCUGAGUCUUUGGGAAGCUCAGCACCAGGACUCGGGGGAUCUGGACUCUCUGGCCAGCGCCCUAGAGGAAAUUGGCAAGGUCCAGUCCCCCUCGUCCGCCACACUUGGCUGCAGCAGAGAGGAGCGGGACUCUGGAUUCACGAAACUUGGGUAGGGCAGGUCUACGGCAGGUUGAAUCUUGAUGAACCUGAACUGCAUGAACAGUGAUGAUCGGGUGUGUUGGCUCACACACGGAGGUGUGGAGGAGGAAAGAGGACAGCAGGGAAACUCAGUUUUUUGGACUGUUACUAAAGGGACAUUUCUGCUAAACCAAAUGGCACAUACAGACACACAGGAAACGUGGAUCAACUGUGAGGGAGUGUCUGAGUUAUCGAGAGGCACCAACAAAAACUGUCUGGAUUGGGAUGGAAGUAUCCCACACCCGUCCGUGAUUGAAAACUGUCAGCUCCUCGACACUUCGUUCAAUAACCUCUAUUCAAGGAUUAUGGGUAUCUGUGCGAGGAGACCUCUCCAUGUGGGAUGGAGCGUGUUGUAGACAGACUGCCAAUCAGGUUGGUGUUAUGACCUUCCCAGGAGCGGAUGUGUUGACACCUGCCGUCAAGCAGUCUUCUGGGCUGUCAAAAUGUUUAGUGUAACGUCGUUAUGUUGUCAUUCAUUUUCUAGAUCUCCUCUUGCUUCGUUUUCUUUUCUGCGCUGUGUCUCCGCUGUUAUUGCUGGAGUUAGGUGAAAAAACUCAAUCUUAUCCAAACUAUAGGGUCAGAGGAUAGUGAUGGUCCCCACUGAUCAGGAUUUAAAAGGAUCUGAUGCUGUCCAAACAAUAAACAGGCACAAUGUGUAUAAGAAAUUACUUUAGAAAGUUUCCCACAUUGACAUGAAUCACACAGAUAACAAAUCAACAAACAUCCUCAUGCUCAUCAACAUAACACGUGAAGGAGGAUAAGUCAAGCUGCUUUCAGACAUGCACUGAACUCCAGAUAAUCCCCGGACAUUCUCCAGAGGAGCUGUAUGUGUGAAGGCAAAUGUCCAAGUUUCUCCAGCCAGCCCCCUGGUAAAAACUGAGAAUGUUCGAAAGAGCCGAUGCAGGAGAUCCUCCGCAGGAUUCACCGUGAGCGGGGGGGGGGGUGUUGAUGAUGUUUCUGAAACGUAACAGACACAAAACAAAAACAAAAAAAAGAAAAGAAAUAUCUCAGGAUGAAUAAACACGGACGAAGACGUCAAGAGAGGUUUUGGCGAUAAGAGCUGACUCCAGUGUCGAUGUGCUCUAAAUAAAAACAUGUGAUUUCCACAACUGAAUUUCUAUUUUACAUCCUGCUCUGCCUGCUGCAGCACCAACAACACAGAUUUCUGUGUGUUGUGAACACGUCUGAGCAGAGAAUCUCCUGCUGUGUUGUUCAUGUGUGAAAGACAAACUCCGGAGAAAGUCCGGACCCAGUUCUCUGCACAUCGUCCAGAGUUCAUGUCUGAAAAUGGCUUUAACUGUUCUGUUCAGUUCUGUUCAUUUCUGUUCUGCAUCUGGCAAUACAGGCAGCUUCCGGUUCUUUCGGAGGAAAUUAGAUGAUGAUAAUUAGUUUUACUUUACAUUUUAAUCAAAAUCUUGACUUGUAAUUUUUGUGUGGCUUAACUGGAGCUGCCCUUUCUGGAUCGCAGCUCGGAACAAAUACUCGGACAUAAUGUUUUGAAGACACUUCACAAGCAGAGGCUGUUAGACGACAGAGGAGAGGGAGUGAGAGGUGAAGAAAUCCUAAAAUACAGGAGGAGCCCCACAUUCAGUCGCUCAACCUGCGCCCUAAUCUUAAUAAAGUGACUUUGUGUUGAACUCUGUGUUGGCUCUCUCUUUUCAUCUACAUAGUGAAUUCAAGUCUUGAAAGGCCCGACAUCCCAUAAUCAGCUACAGCAAAAACUGUAUUCAGCAAAGAGAUGAAACAGAGACCCAUGCAAAGUUCAAUUUUCAGAAAGAUGUAACCGCGCUGUUCAAGUCUUAGAUGGUUUUGCCAAUGGACCGAGUUGAUGAGGCUUCUUCCCAAUGUGCCUCAGAGUCUGUUGGUUUAAAUCAGUCACCCAGGUCAUGUGAAACAAUGUCAUUGUCAUUCCUUCAUCAGAUUUAUUCUUGAAGGCUUCUUUUGACAUUUUGGGAAAGUGUUUUGCUUUCAUGCUUAUAGAGAUAGAUGAGGACAUUGAUAACACUUGUAGAACAGCAGGAAAUGUGAGGCUACAUGUUAGCUUAGCAUAAAGACUGGUAACUGGGGGAGCAGCGAGUCCUGUCUGGUCCAACUGGUCCAAAUCUCACUGAUGUUAAGCACACUGAUUGACAUGUGGCACCUCAUUUGUUGAAUCCAUAUAAAACUAGUUUGUAACUAGAAGGUCACUCAGUGGACUCACACCACCGAGGCCCAGCUGUCCCCUCAGGGAGCAGUUUAACUUCACUAGAUCCAGAGUUUUAUUUGGAUCUGCAUCAAAUUUCACUCAUAAGAUCGAUGGAUAAUUCUCUGAGAAGUAAAUGAAAAUGUUGAACAAUGUCCUGUUGCACAAUUCUAAAGAAAGUACAAAACAUCUGUUCAUCAGUUUUGACAUAAUCCCGCUAACAAUAAUAAAACGCAGAUGAAAACAUAACCUCCUUGGCUGAGGCAGAAAAAAACAUUUGCAACAACUUGGGGUUAUUUGUGCAACUGUUUCUUAGCCGGGUGCAAUGACUCUGACCCAUUUCCAGUCUUUAUGCUAAGCUAAGCUAAAAGCUGCUGGCUGUAGUCUUAUAUUUAGCAGGCAGGUGUGUGACUGGUAUUAAUCUUCUUGUCUUGACUCUCAGCAGUAAAGUGAAUAAUCUAAUUUCCCAAAAUGAGCAACUGUUUGUUGGGAAACCAACGUCAAGCUGAUUUCUGUGUUCGUGGAAAUAUACAGAAAACUCGAAUCAAAAAUGAUGCAAACCUGUGAUCUAUCAGCAAGGUGCAUCGUUCCAAUACUUGCCUCUUGCUCUUGUCAUCAGCAACUACUUUCAUAGUCAUGGGCCAAAAUUUCCAGCUAACUUUUUGUCUGCUGAUCCCUGUUGGUGAACGUCUCCCAUAGUGACACCAAUAAGAGCAGUCUCACCUGUUCAGCUGAAAUCUGAUUGGCCCCUGAAGUGCCCCUGUCUUGUCAGUAAUCACUUACUAACAAUACUAACAAUAAAUAUAGCCAUUUGUUAAUUUAAAAACAAUUUUGAAGUUCACAAUUACCUUGAACAAGGAACAAAUUAAUGAUGAAAAAAUAUAUUCAAACAUGUGUGGCUUUGCUCAAAGCUACAGAGCAAACAGUAAACAAGGAAUGACUUAAAUGUGCACAGCACUGAAUCAGUUACUGGGCAUAUAAUUGGCCCCUCUGUGUAAAUUGUGGCCCCUUUAUGGCCCCCCCGAUUCAGAAAAAUCCUAGAUGCGCCACUGUGAUGUAUCAUCGUUCAUCACAGACCAUGUCCUGCAUCCUCAAUAUCACCCUGUUCACGUUUUGUUCAUACUUUUCGAUGUGUUUACAGAUGUGUCUGAGCUUUGGAUGGGAUCAGUCAGGUUUCCUAGUAUCAUAAGAAAAGGGAGGUAACACUUCAUUCCAGCUGUGUGCACAGACCUUUUAGAGGCAGGCAGUGGGAGUAACACAAAAGUGAACAUACUGAAUUAAUCAGAAGGAGAGCCAAAGAUGGGACUCUCCUUGGAGCGAGCACUCAGACGGGUGCUGUUCACUCCUUCAUGCACGGUGCAGGAAAAUAUCAAAACCCCUUUCAACAACUUAGAAGUUAUUCUAGUCGACAGAGAACUCGAAAAAGGAAAAUUCAUCCUGACAACCGCCGUGUUGAGCGUCCCAAUGAGGGUCCGAAUGCUACAGGAGAUGUUUGAAAGCUGAUGGUCUACUGAGAAACCAAAUUAGCAUUUAACAUAUAAAGAACUGGACUCUGAGACAGGAUGGAAAUAUCGUCCUGUAGAGAGCGGGCGUAGCCGAGGCUUUAUGGCACCACAUCACUCCAGACCACCUCCAUGCCGGUGGACAGCAGCCAUCUUUUCCACAUAAUAGUAAAUAUAACGUACUGCUCUGCACGUAUGAUCAGUGUUACACCCCGUUCUCUAAUUUACAGUGAUUUCCAUUCAGGGGAGGAACCACACCUUGCUAUGCAGAUGUAAAACAAACACUUACUGAUGUUUUGAUUUAUGCCGUCUUGUAAAGACUUCAUGGACCCGGUUAUAGAGUUGACAAUUAAAUGUAGAUUUCUUUUAUUUUAAGGCCCUGAAAUGGAAUUUUUGGCUCAAGGCUUGGACAGAGAGGAGAUAUGCUGCCAAAAUUCACUUUUCUGUUCCCAACACGUCCAGUUAAAAUGCCUUGGACACUGGUUGUUUUCAGGCAUUUAUUGAACAUUAUUCUUUUGUAAAUCAGAUUUACACUGCUGUGUCAAUUCCCUGCCCUCUCAUUCACAUACAUAUAUAUAUAUAUAUACAUACACACACACACAUAUACAAGCAACAUUUUAGAAGAAACUGAUUUAUUGUGUUCUGCAUCACAAAAAUCACAGUUUUCUAACUAAUUGUGCCUCUGGGGGUUUUGUGUCAUCAGAAAGUCUGGCCAGAAUGUUUUUGGAUUAUGAUACACCAUAUCAAAUAAACUAACAUGCUAUAUGCAAGCUGUAGAGCUCAUCGCCGUGCACGGUGCCCACCUUGUGUACACUGCACACGUGUUUCCUAACAAAUCUGAAGCAUUUAAACCUGUUGUCUCCGAUGCCAGGAACUUACAGCGAAAAUGAUCUGACUCAAAGUGAUGUGACCAUCUGUGACCUGAGGAUGCACAGUCUGUCCGUCUGCGUCCUUUACUCAGUGUGUGUGGGUGUGUGCGUGCGUGAGUGUGAGUGAGUGCGAGAAGGAAAGUUGUUUAACUUUUCAAAAGCCCUACCACAUGUCCUUGGAAAAAUCCAGCCUACAGUAGUGCUACUAUUUGAGCUUCUUCAGAUGUGUGACGUAAUGUUAAUUUUUUUUCUGACGCUAAUAUCUGAAGGUCUGCAUUGCUUUAGAGGAAAUAGAAAACAAUGCUCACUUAAGUACAAAUUUCACAAGUUUUAUUUUUUAACCUUUAUUUUUAGUUGCUGUUUUUACUUCAAGUGUUUUUCUUUACAGGAAGGAAUUGACUUUCCUUUUUAAUCUUUCUCUCGUGUGACUCUAAAAAACGAAAACAGCUGGAAAUGUUGAGAAUGAUUUUAUUUUUUAGAUAAUUGUGUAUACUGUGAGACACGUUUAUGUAUGUUUGAUUUGAAACAUCUGGAUACAUUGUCUGUGCUCAACAUUUGAUUGAAGUGUUCUAUGAAUGUUUGUGUUAAGAAGGUGAAACGUGACUGCUCAUCACUGGUGACGUUCUCUUAAACUUCUUUUUCUUUUCUUUUUCAAAGGUUUGCUAUUUUGAAACUGUACAAACUGUAUUGUGUUGAAAUAAAUAUGCAGUGAAAACAAA